AAACGGAAAAUUGUGAAAAAUCCUGAAACCCGAAACAUCAGCUAGUUGGACUUCUCAUCUUCACGACUGUUUCGAAUUCAUAAAAUUUCCCAACCAUAGAUAUCUUCCAAUUAUUCGAUUCCCAAGCCACCAGGGCUCUGGAGGAACAACAGAAUCCGGCAACUCUCUGCUCAGCCAGAAUAGAGAAUACCGAAGAAAAGAGGCCUCGCUACUGCCGUCCGUCGCUCCACCUGAACACGGACGUCCCCUGAACACACCGGCGAACGGGCGAAGAGAAGGCGAAGAAGCGAUGGGCGUCACCAAGGAGGACGUCGAGGCGGCCAUCACCUCCGCUCUCAGCCCUUCCAAUCUCGUGGUCACGGACACAUCCGGAGGGUGUGGUGCGAGCUACGAGAUCGAGGUGGUCUCGGAGAAGUUCGAGGGGAAGCGGCUGCUGGAGAGGCACCGGAUGGUGAACACCGCGCUGGCGCCUCACAUGGCGGAGAUCCACGCCGUCUCCAUCAAGAAGGCGCUCACCCCGGCGCAGGCCCAGCCCCAGCCGGAGCCCGCCGCCGAUAAGCCCCAGGCCUAAGUGCUUAAUUAAAACCCCCCAAAACGGUUUGAUCACAUAUGCUGAUGCAGCAUUAGUCCCUGAGUCAAGCUAUGCAUAACGCAUCUGUGUAAUAUGUGGUAUGUGCUACAUUGACUGUCUGCUUGAAUAAUGUGGCGGAUGAAAUUUCUAAAUUGCAGGAUGUUAUCCUUGACUCAUUAGAAACUUCUGCACUAUGCAUUUAACUUCUCACUUC